AUGCUACAUCAAGGUGCAGCCGAUAGUUCCCAACAGAGUUCUACAGCACCCACAAUACCCACGCUAUAUAGCGGCAUUGUGCCAACGACGACUACAGCGCAUACACCGCAUGUGCCCAGCGCCUGUCAAGUUUGCGGCGAUCAGAGUUCGGGCAAGCAUUAUGGUGUGCUCUGUUGUGAUGGCUGUUCCUGUUUCUUCAAGCGCAGCGUACGCAAAGGCACCAUGUACGCCUGCAUAGCCGCAAAAGGCAAUUGUGUUGUGGAUAAGGCACGCCGCAAUUGGUGUCCAUAUUGUCGUUUGCAACGUUGCUUAGCCGUAGGCAUGAAUGUGGCCGCUGUGCAGGAAGAGCGCGGACCACGCACACAAGCGACAGCCAUAGCGAAACAUGGCGGCAUAACACCGUCGCCGACUGGUGCCGUAAAUGCGGUUAACGCCACCGGCAAUGCAAUGAAUUUUCAAAUACUUGCACAAAUUCUAGUCACCUGCCUGCGUCAGGCUAAAUGCAAUGAACAAUUCCGUACACUUGCAGCAGCGCAACAGGAGGCGAUUUUAAGCACCGUGUGGAAUGAGUGUUUUGUGCUGCGCGCCUCCCAUUGGUCGCUCGACAUAAGCGCCAUGAUUGAUGCCUGCGGUGAUCCGCAAUUGCGGCGCAUUAUUGUGGAGGCAAAGCAGCUGCGGGCCGACGUGAUGGAGUUAAAUUUUCUUGAAACCCUAAUACUAUGUCGGAAAGAGUUGGCCGUUAGCGCAGAAAACGCAGUCCUGCUGGAGAGUUAUGCAAAUGGCGCUUUGGUUUCCCUCGCGCGCUACACCAUACAGCAAUCAAAUUGGUUGCGUUUCGGCACAUUGUUACUGGGUUUGAGGCAAUUGACUCAGCGCUGUUAUGAAAGUUUGCUUUCGUCGCUUUUUCGUUCCGUUGUGAAAGAUAUUGUGAAGAGUUUGUGA